CACAUAAGAUGGAUGCCUUCCUAAAGCCGCUGAUGGAUGAAAUCACCAGCCUUUAUAUCAACGGCAUUGAUAUACACCUUGACAGACAUAUUCCCAUCGGAGAGACUGUGAUAACAGCCGGUUAUCAUAAAGUCAGGGCACUUAUUCUUAUGGGGACAGCUGACUUAAAGGCCCAUGCUGAGAUUUCACUAUAUGCAGGAGGUGGCAGAAUUGGAUGCAGACGUUGUCUUAUCCACGGAGUCUACAUUCCAUGCAAGCGCCAUUAUUACUAUGGAAAAUUUCGAGAACGCUACAGAGCACCAUGCCCAUUAAGAACGGCUACUUACCACUUGGAACAUGGUGUCUUGGUUGAUGGAGCAUUGACAGCAGCUGCACGCCAACUUCUUGUGACCUCAUCUGGAGUUUGUGGUCUAAGCAUCCUGUUUGUACUAUACAGACUUUAUGGUUUUGAUCCAGUUAAGGAUAUGGUGAUUGACCGCAUGCAUCUCACAUUUAAUAUGAUAAAGCGUGAAUUUCUGGAGAAGAUGUGGAAGGAUAUGGGAGAUAAUGCUACAUUGCCUGUCAAUGAAAGAGAUCCACAGUCUGGUGGGCUUCUUAACAGAGCUGACUUCAGUGCUGCACUAGAGGCUGUUAAUUGGACCACUGAGGAAAAGGCUAAAGGAGUCGCACGUCUAAAAUCUCUGACAGACAAACUAGGAGCUUGGAAGUCUAAUGAGUUCAAGAGGUUCAGUAGUGUUGCUAGAGAAGUGUUGGCAGAAAAAAUCCCCUCAAAGGCAUAUGACUGCUUCAUGCUUCUUUGUGAUGCAGUCAAAAUGCUGUACAACAGGAAGUUACAGCUUGCUGGGUGGACGAAUGAUGACAUAGAGAAAUUACGCAGACUCCUAUGGGCACAUGCUGUCAAAUGUGAAGAGUACUAUGGCCUGGAGUACUGCACUGAGAAUCUAGAGUGCUCUGUUCAUGCUGCUGAUGAAAUACAUCGACAUUCUAGCAUGGACAACUACUCCUGCGAGCUAUAUGAGAGAGCCAUUUUAAGGCACAAACUACAAAAGCAUAAUGCUAAGGGCAUUGAGAAAACGUUUGCAACAAGAGAAGCUCUCGGAAAUUUCCUUGAGGAUUACGAGGAAGUCAAUGGGAUGAUCUCUUCCUACGGGGAAGGGAAUCAGAAGUACAGAUUUAGUAUGGAUGAGGCAGCACCGUUUUACCUUCACGAGUCAUCAUUUGCCUCAUCCAAGCUACUGUUGGAAGACCUGAAGGGACAUGUUGACGAAUAUAAAGCCCAUGCGUCAUCCUAUGGUGUAGGUAUUGGAAAAACAAAGAGGAGUGCAUUUCAACAACAUAUCAUUGUGGAUAUUAAACGAUUCUUUGCCCGACAAGGAAUUGAAACUGAUAUUCCAAAUAUCCUAAAGACUGUUAAGAGUUUGGCAUUUACUGAUGAAUUUGGGGAAGUAGAAAGGAUCUCAGAAGGCACUGCUUGCAAGAUAGCCACUAACAAUAAUGGAGAAGAAUGGACAAUGCAAGUGUCAACAAUAAUAUUGGUGGGACCAAUACAAGAUAAGUACUUCUACUUUGUGAAUGGUGAUUACAUUGUCCCUCUAGUUGAAGACAACUCCCAAGUGCUCCACGAGUGGUGUCAGUCCCCUAAAGUGAUUCCUAGGGCAUAUAGAAGAGACAGUGUUCAGCCGUCAAACUUGAUCAAGCGCAAGGUGAUCCUUUAUCCUGAACCCUCAAAUAUUGCAAACCCUGCCUACUGGCUGAUAAUUGACAACAAGACCAUUAAAGUCCUCAAGGAUGUCUCUGUUCCAGUCUAUCCUAGAGAAGGAGAAAUAGUGCAGACUUUAGGGGCUGACAAUCAGAUGUGGUAUGGACAAGUGGAGGUUGUACUUCCAAAUGAAAAUGAGGCAAGAGUAGUUUGGCUCAAGGACACCCAAAGACCUGGAGUUUGGGUGCCGACUCGUCAAUCCGAUACAGUUCAUUUUGGGUCAAUGAUACGCAUUUGCCAAGUGAAACGAGUAUUUGGAGGCAUUUCAAUUGAAUAGUCAUCACCAACAGCAAAAUUUCCCUGCAAGCUGCAUUUGAGUGCAAGUGCCAGAACCACUACGGACCACACCUGAGUCACCACUAUUGUUAUAUCCCCCUGCAGACAGCACCUGAGUCACCACCAGUGUCAGAUCCCCCUGUGGACAGCACCUUAGUCACCACCAGUGUCAGAUCCCCCUGUGGACAGCACCUGAGUCACCACCAGUGUCAGAUCCCCCUGUGGACAGCACCUGAGUCACCACCAGUGUCAGAUCCCCCUGUGGACAGCACCUGAGUCACCACCAGUGUCAGAUCCCCCUGUGGACAGCACCUGAGUCACCACCAGUGUCAGAUCCCCCUGUGGACAGCACCUGAGUCACAACCAGUGUCAGAUCCCCCUGUGGACAGCACCUGAGUCACCACCAGUGUCAGAUCCCCCUGUGGACAGCACCCGAGUCACCACCAGUGUCAGAUCCCCCCUGUGGAUAGCACUAGGACAGUGCUCUUUUCAGAGACAAAAGUCAUGACCUUAUGCAACCAACCCCUAGUUACAAAUAAAGAGUAGAUAGAUAGUACUCCUUUAAAGCAAAAUGAACAGUGAUAAUAUACUGUACAACUUAUAUUUUGUAUAUGAAGUAUCCUUACUCUAACUAAAUCUACAUUGCACAAG